AUGUCACAAGUAUUCACACCAAUCCCAGAAGCCAUCGAAGCCUAUCGUAACGGAGAAUUCCUCAUCGUAAUGGAUGAUGAAUCUCGUGAAAACGAAGGAGAUUUAAUCAUAGCAGCUCAACAUAUCACACAACAACAAAUGGCAUUCUUAGUAAGACAUUCAUCAGGUUAUGUAUGUGUUCCAUUAUCAACAGAACGUGCUGAUGCCUUGGAAUUACCUUUAAUGCUUGCUAAAAAUGAUGAUAGACAUGGUACUGCUUAUACCAUAACUGUUGAUUAUAGAGAAGGUACUACUACUGGGAUAAGUGCUUAUGAUCGUUCUUUAACUGCUAGACAAUUGGCAAAUCCAAAUUCUAAACCUUUGGAUUUUAUGAGACCUGGUCAUAUUUUACCUUUAAGAGCUGUUCCUGGUCUUUUAAAAGAAAGAAGAGGUCAUACUGAAGCUGGUGUUCAUUUAGCUGAAUUGGCUGGUUUAGAACCUGCUGCUGUUAUUUGUGAAUUAGUUAGAGAUGAUGAUGGAUUAAUGAUGAGAUUAGAUGAUUGUAUUAAAUUUGGUAAAGAAAAGGGUAUCAAAGUUAUAACUAUUGAACAAUUAGUGGAUUAUAUUAAUAAGAAUUAA